AGAGAGAUUGGCCCUAAAGGUCUCCCACCUCACAGCUGCGUGAGGAAAAUUUCCUGAGUGAAUAAUAAAGUUGUAGCGGGCUUUUAUUUAUUCUGGUAUUUGACCUCAGCAAGAUUUUCAGCGCUUAAAACGGAAUCUUAUUAAACAGCGGGGACACCCACGUUGUGAGCCAGGGUUUGGUCGCAGCUUUCCACGGGGCAAGAAGAAUUAGGGAGGAUGGCGUUAAGAAGCGUGGUAUCCUCUGGGGAGGGCCUUGCAUCCCGCAGGGACACCUCAGCCCGCUCUCUGAGGUGGGAAGCGGAGUGAGGCGCGGCUUCGUGGCAGGCCAGCUCAGGCCCCGGCAUUUCUGAAGGCUUUUUGCAAAGACACAGAAGCUCUGAGGCCGGUGGCAAGAGCAGCGACGACGAGGAGAGCCCUUUCGCCUUCGCGUCUCCCUCGCAGCCGCCACACCAGUUCUCCCGGGCAUGAGCUGGAGGUGGAAGUUAAAUUCAACAGAGCACAUGCCUGUAGGAAUGGCUGUCAUGUUCUGGGAGAAUUGUUCCAUUUUGCACUUCCGAUAUGGCCACAUCUUCCAGCCUUCUGAACCUAGCACAGCUCUACUGCUCAUCAUGCUGGGAAAAGUCUUACUCAAUCUGUUUCUACUUAGAAUCAGAAGACAGACUCUGCGUGGAAGUUUUAUGCUCCAGUUCUGCACUUCACUAGCCCUGCUUGACUUGGUGCUUCUGGUGACCAUGUUUUUCAUCUUCUACUUCCAUGACUUUAUGCUUUUGGGCAUCCGGUUUACCACGUAUCACAUCUGCGUUUUGGCACAGAUUAUGGCCAUUACCUACGGGAUCUUACAUUAUCCCAUCACUUUGAUGGCUGGCCUGGAUUAUUAUUUGACAAUAACCAAAGCUACUUCUAAUGUAUGUCAGAGAUCACUGUACACAGUUGCUGUGGUCUUAACGUGGGUUUCAGUACUCUGUUAUGUUCUGACACUACCAAGCAAUGCCGUAGGACUUGAUAAAAACCAUUAUAAUUCUGGAUACGUAUGCCCUUUCUACAUCAGCAGUCAGAGCUAUUGGCUCUCACUAGGUAUGCUAUCGAUCAUAUGCCUGGUUUUUGCGCUGUGUUGGUCAGAAGUGAGGGAAAUGGUGCAGCCAAUUAAGCUGAUUUUGUAUAAAAGCGAGACUGUGUUGUUCUUCCCUCAUGUGCCUGAGUGCAGCCCUAGAGAUUGUGCAAAACAUUUCUUGACACGGCUGCUGGUCUGCUUUGUUGGCAACUGGGCACCUUUUGUUUUCCUCCAAAUGCUCAUUGUGUUACUUGAUGUUCAGAUUCCUGCCUACAUAGAGAUGAACGUUCCCUGGCUUUACUUCAUCAACAGCUUUCUUAUUGCAGUUGCAUACUGGAUCAGGCGUCGGCAAAUUGAGCUGACAGAGGAGGUCUGGGGUGUUGAUCCGUUUGUCAGCUGGAAAUUCUGCUUUGUCCCUUUCCACUCUCAGAAUGCAGAUGAAGCUGAAAAACCCACCAGUGAAAUAGUGAUCUGUUAGCGGGCUGCUGUGGGAGAAGUAUGUUGAUUCAGCACAAUACUCGGGAAAGCUGUGUUGUUUUGUAACAAUUGUUGGUGAACUCAAAAUGGGAGAAUAAUACACAAAUGUAGCUGUGAAAGAGGGGAAAGAGAUACCCAUGAUGCAGUAGGGGCAUAAUGUGCUGUUUUCCAAGUUGAAUUUCCAGUACGGGUACUAAUUUCAGAAUUAAAAAAAGACACCUGGUAGUGUUGUUAGCAAUAACAAGAGUUUUUGGAUAACAAGGAAUCUGUUGUCGUCUAGGCCCUCCCAGCCAAACUAAGUUACGUUUUCCCAUUCUUAGCAUCCCACCCCAGAAGUAUAAAAUACACCUCUUGCAAUGCCCCUCAUCUGUUGGUGUUACUCGGGCGCACUGAUCACCUGUCCAGUAUACUGGAUCACACCUGUCAGGGCAAGGACAAACUUCAGGAGUGCCUCUGCCCAUGUAUCCCCUCCCAAGGACUGAUCAGCAAGUCACCAGCCAUGGGGAAGUGAGGCUAGGAAAUGCAAGGAGAACUUUCUCAGGGAUGCUACCUUCUAGAAGCCUUUCUGUCUAGGAAAGCCUGCCAGGCUAAGUCAGAAAACAUGGCUGAAUCUGCUCUUUUAUUGUUAAUAUUAUAAAUGUGUUUUUGUAUUCAGAUCUUGGGUUUUUUUUUUACAAUUUGAUUAGUUUUAUUUCCAGAAAAAUCUGCACUGGAUUGUUAAGGAAGGUGGAAGAUCAGUACGAAAUAACAAGCAGCUGUUGCUGUCUCUUGUUCCAGAUGUGACAAAGAGAUUAAAUAAUCAAACUAGACAAA